ACUAGAGUCAUCACAUUCCCAAGCUGCAAUCCAAACCUCCAUGGCGCAAGCUGUAUCUCACUACCGCAGGGAAAACGCCCGUACUCAGGAGCAGGGAGACCAUCUGCCAUUCCUCCAGAUCACAGCAGGCCUUUGAAGAUGAUGGUGGCAGCAGAGGAGGAAAAGGAGGAGGAGUCAGCACAAAGGAGGAUGAUGAAGCCCCAGAGCCAGCCCGAGCAGCGCAGCUCCGCGGGGAUACCUCCACGGGACGAUCCGCAGCAGACGCCGCGCCAGCGGCCGCCUUUGCCUCCGACGGUCCCGGAGAAGAAAGACGUGGAGCUCAUCCUGGUCAAAGAGCAGAACGGCGUGCAGUACACCAGCACCAAUCUCCUGGAGAGGGGUAGCACCCCCAUCUACACCCUGGCCGAUGGCUCGCCCGUCCCGGAACGGGAGACCUGGGGCAAGAAGAUCGACUUCCUCCUCUCGGUCAUUGGGUUUUCCGUGGAUCUGGCCAACGUGUGGCGAUUCCCCUACCUCUGCUACAAGAACGGAGGAGGUGCUUUCCUCAUCCCUUAUAUCCUCUUCCUCAUUAUUGCUGGAAUGCCUUUAUUCUAUAUGGAACUCGCUUUGGGCCAGUAUAACAGAGAAGGGGCUGCAACCGUAUGGAAAAUCUGUCCACUUUUUAAAGGUGUAGGCUAUGCUGUGAUCCUCAUAGCCCUCUAUGUUGGUUUCUACUACAAUGUGAUCAUUGCUUGGUCUUUGUACUACCUGUUUUCAUCAUUCACCCUGGGGGAACUCCCAUGGACCAAGUGUGGCAAUCCCUGGAACAGCCCCAACUGCACCAAUCCCAGGAACGGAUCAUCCUUUGUCACAGGCACCUCCUACACCAAGUACAAGAUCACUCCUGCAGCUGAAUUUUAUGAACGACGGGUGUUGCAGCUGAACCAAAGCCGUGGGAUUCAAGACGUCGGACUGCCCCAAUGGCAGCUCACACUGUGUCUCUUGGUAGUGGUGAUUGUUCUUUUCUUUAGCCUGUGGAAAGGUGUGAAGACAUCUGGAAAGGUUGUAUGGAUAACAGCCACGUUGCCUUAUGUCGUCUUAUCUGUACUGUUAAUCCAUGGGCUGACAUUGCCUGGUGCCUAUGACGGAAUCAAAGAGUACCUCAAUAUUGAUUUCAGAAGAUUGAAAGAAGCCACCGUAUGGAUUGAUGCAGCCACCCAAAUUUUUUACUCCUUAGGAGCCGGGUUUGGGGUCUUGAUAGCUUUUGCCAGCUACAAUAAGUUUGACAACAACUGUUACAGGGACGCCUUGAUGACCAGUACGAUCAACUGUGUCACCAGUUUCAUCUCAGGAUUUGCGAUUUUUUCUAUUUUGGGCUACAUGGCUCAUGAAUACAAAGUCGGCAUCCAGGAUGUGGCCACUGAAGGACCCGGAUUAGUUUUCAUCCUUUAUCCAGAAGCUAUUUCAACGCUUAACGGAUCAACGUUUUGGGCUAUAGUAUUUUUCAUAAUGCUGCUCACACUGGGCAUUGACAGCUCUAUGGGUGGCAUGGAAGCGGUCAUCACCGGCUUAGCAGACGAUUUCCAGAUCCUCAAAAGGCGUAGGAAGCUUUUCACAUUCUGUGUCUCCUUCAGCACCUUCCUGCUCGCUCUUUUCUGCAUAACAAACGGUGGAAUCUAUGUACUUACCCUGCUAGAUACAUUUGCUGCCGGGACGUCCAUCUUGUUUGCUGUUUUAAUGGAAGCCAUCGGCGUUUCCUGGUUUUAUGGUGUGGACAGAUUUAGUGAAGACAUCCAACGAAUGAUGGGCUUCAAGCCAGGCCUCUACUGGAGACUGUGCUGGAAAUUUGUGAGCCCUGCUUUUUUAUUGUUUGUGGUAAUAGUCAGUGUAAUAAAUUUCAAGCCUCUGACUUACGAUGAGUACGUCUUCCCAUCUUGGGCCAAUUCUGUCGGAUGGGGGGUGGCAUCGUCAUCCAUGGUCCUUGUACCUGCGUACAUUCUGUAUAAAUUACUGAAGGCACGAGGGACCUUUAAGCAAAGACUAGCUUAUUGCAUCACUCCCGAGAAUGAACAUCAUCUUGUACAAGACGGGAAUGUGAGACAAUUUAAGCUCCAACAUUGGCUGUCUAUAUGAUGACUGAGCAAGUUGAAGGGGAAAGCCAGUACUUUAUAAAGCUAACUUGGAACUACCUGAGAAGUCACCGCUGAAGUUCUCAACCAUGCCUGAUCCUUGUCGGUUGGCUGGCUAGCUGGCUGGCUGGCUGGCACAGAAGAUCUUCUCCAGAUUUCUUUGUGUGACAACUCAUCUUCCACUCUUCUUCACUCCCAGUUGAUCGGUUCCUUUGAAUAAACUUCCCAAAUAGUGUUUAUUUUUAUUUUAAUGUGGUUCGCAGCAUGUGCUGGCCUUGAUCCUUACCAAUAAGGAUCCUCUUUGCUAGUCAAAAAAGAAAAGUUUGGUGAAGAAUAAUCAGUGUUUAGUUGAUAUCUGUUUCAUGUGGGGCAGAUACAUCAACUUUUAAACUUUUUUUAAAGACAUGGUAUACAUUACAGAAAAAUCUGUGGGCAUUAGAUAGCUGUGAAAGAGUUGACCCUUCUCAGUUGGAUCCUCAACAGGAUUCACAAAAUCUUGUGACCAAGAUUCGGUGGUGAACUCAUGGGAUCAUAGAAUUAGAGGCCACCCACUCUUCUCCCCCUUUGAAGCAGGGAUAUUAAUGACUACUUGAAAAAUUUCUCAGCUAUUUUCCUAGUUUCUCCAUGCUAAGACUGUUUGCCAAGGCUCCCCCCUGCUUUAGUGACAUUUCCCAGCUUCCUAGAAAAAUCAGAUCACAAUCUAAUUUCCCUCCCCCUUUUUAACAAUUAUUUUUGCCUAUUGUUCUGCACAGGAAACAACCGAAUCCUAGACAGCUGGAUGCCUUUUGCAGGUUAAUUCUGCACAUGAAAGAUGCCAGCCUGAAUAGAAUUUGUAAUAAAUGUGCACAGCUUGAUGUUUCUCUUGCCCUUUUUGUGCAAAUCCUGUGUAGGAAAGAUUCCAUUCUGCACAGGAAUUGUAAUAAUCCUGUGCCGUUGAAUGUUUCUUGCACAAAAAGCAGACCAUGGGAUUUCUUGGAGGGAAAACAUCACGAAGAUGAAUCUCCUUUGAGGAGAAAAGGACUGUUUCCUCUAUUCCAUGUUGAGACGUUGAUGUUGCAGGAUUUACAUCCCUUGAUGUAGGACAUUUAAACCUUGUCCCUUCUCAACAGAUGUUCCGACCUAUAGGGAUGUAACUGCUCCCUUGUCUCAUCCUUGCGCACAAGUACAAAGAAGUGCAAAAUUCUUCCCCUCGCUGGCGAGGGUGCUGAGAAAUUUCCUGGCACUCUUGGUAGACUUCUCACAUUGUCAGAAAAAGAUCUUGCUAAUUUUGUGAAUUGCUGCCCCCUCCCUUUAUGCACAAGACAGCAGACUUGUAUGAUUUCAGAUUCCUUUCAUGAUUUGAAGCACUAGAUGGGUUUUUUGCAUCUUUCUUGGCAAAUCACCCAGUAUUCCUGUGCUUUGCAUU